CCGUCGCACUCUUUGAUGCCGGAGGAGCUCGCCUUCCGCUUGCCUGUCUCUCGCUCGCUCGCUUGCUCGCAAUGGAGGGGCUCCGCUGGGGCAACGCUUGCCGGUGCAGGGCGCCCGUGGCAGCGGGUAGGUAGACGGCGAACGCCGCCGGCGGGGGGGAAGGAAGGAAGUCUGCAGGCGUGUUCGGGUGGCGUCGAGCCUCGCGCGGGCGGCGGCGGCGGCGCCGUGGCAGCGCUACCUGGCUGGGCUGAUCUGAGUCUAAGACGCCGAGGUCGUCCCGGCUACCUCGCCUCGAUCGCGGAUGGACCUUGCGAAGGAGGCUUCUUCGCUCCAGCGCUGGAGCGGCCGUCCCGGCCAGAGCAACCCUGUCAUUUGUCGCCACACUUUGCUGCGGAGGAGACUACGAGAAGUUGGGCUUUGGGUUUCCUCGAUUGGAUUACUUGGCUGCUAAGCUAGACGGUUUCCUGAGUCUCUUCUGGUCCCCUCGGCCGUCGCCUCUUCCUCCCUCCCUCUCCUCCCCACAAUGGAGAAGUCCAUGGGAGCAAUAGUGCAAAGUGGAGCUUUGUGGACAGGGGCAAUGACUUCCAAGUACCUCUUUUUGGGUCUGACAAUCUUCUCUUCGCUUCUCCAAAUUAUGAUAGAAGCCAGCUCUUGGUGGUCUCUAGGUAUGAACCACAUGAAUCCUAUGAACCCGGUUCAGAUGCCAGAGGUGUACAUAAUUGGAGCCCAACCUCUAUGUAGCCAAUUGGCAGGUCUCUCUCAAGGACAAAAGAAACUCUGCCACUUGUACCAGGAUCACAUGCAAUACAUUGGAGAGGGAGCAAAGACAGGGAUCAAAGAAUGCCAGUAUCAGUUCCGCCAUAGAAGAUGGAAUUGUAGUACUGUGGAUAAUAACUCUGUUUUUGGCAGAGUCAUGCAGAUAGGCAGCCGGGAGACGGCUUUUACAUACGCAGUCAGUGCUGCUGGCGUGGUGAAUGCCAUGAGCCGGGCCUGUCGAGAGGGAGAGCUCUCUUCCUGUGGCUGCAGCAGGGCUGCCAGGCCAAAAGAUCUACCUCGGGACUGGCUGUGGGGGGGCUGUGGAGAUAACAUUGAUUACGGCUAUCGUUUUGCCAAGGAGUUUGUGGAUGCCCGUGAGCGGGAGCGGAUCUAUCAGAAAGGAUCUUACGAGAGUGCUAGAAUUUUGAUGAACCUACACAACAAUGAGGCAGGGAGGAGAACGGUGUAUAGCUUGGCAGAUGUAGCCUGCAAAUGUCAUGGUGUAUCUGGAUCAUGCAGCUUAAAGACCUGCUGGCUGCAGUUGGCUGACUUUCGCAAGGUGGGCGAUGCUCUGAAGGAGAAAUAUGACAGUGCUGCUGCUAUGAAACUCAAUCCCCGUGGCAAACUGGUUCAAGUGAACAGCCGCUUCAAUGCACCAACUAUUCAUGACCUGGUGUACAUUGACCCCAGUCCUGAUUACUGCGUGCGCAACGAGAGCACUGGCUCUCUGGGCACCCAGGGCCGACUCUGCAAUAAGACUUCAGAAGGCAUGGAUGGCUGUGAACUCAUGUGCUGUGGCCGGGGCUAUGACCAGUUCAAAACCAUGCAGACAGAGCGCUGUCAUUGCAAGUUCCAUUGGUGCUGCUAUGUGAAAUGCAAGAAAUGCACAGAGAUUGUGGACCAAUUUGUCUGCAAAUAAGUGGGAUUGGGUAGGAGAAUCUCUUCUAGUCCACCAGCAGGGGAAUUGCCCUAAAGGAUCUCAGUUCUUAUUUAUAGUGCCCAAUGGGUUGCUUUCCUUGUUUAUAUGUUAAAAAAGAAAAAAAAUCUUUUGCAAAGAGAAAUGAUGGGGGAACCUUGUUGCAUCCAGCUCAGACUGUGCAGUUUUAUAUUUUUUGCAAUAAUGGGGCAGGGGGGAGGAGGGAAUUGACAGAAUAUUUAUUUGCAUAACUGGGAUUAAGACUUAACAAUAGCAACAAAAAUAAUAGGAUAGUUUAUAAGGAAAUCCAUCCUAUCCCAAAACACUCACAAGAGACAUGGUAUAAAUGCAGUAGAUGAGGUAUCUGUGUUACAUGCUUUGGAUCAGAGCAUGGCUGGACUUGGUAAUAUAAAAAAUCUGGAUGUGACUUUUGUUCUUAACUCUAGUGACCAAAUAAAAUAAAAUAAAAUAAAAACACUCUAAUGGUAAUGAUUAGUUUAUCUAUAAAAUUUUAGCACAACUUAUUUCAAACUUAGUUGCAUAGCAACCUGAUGGGAUGGGUAAAAGCAUAAGGUCCCUAAAGCCACUGCUGUGCUGCUAAGUAUCUUCUUAAAAUCCAUUAAAUUAAUCCAAAGUUUUCCAUUUAUUCUUGGCCUACAUGUGAACAUGCACUGAGUGAGGACUGGGCAUGAAAGGAUGUUAGGAAGGGAAAGUGCAGUUCUUUUACCACCAUUCACACAAUGCAUUUCUCAGAAGACUGGGUAGAAAGGCCAUAAAGUAUUUGAAUAAUUGAAUACCAUUUUAAAAAAAUUACUAGCAAAACCAAGAGGAAGAAAACCUGACUUCAAAGCAACAUUUGGAACAUCUCAUGCAUGUUUAGAAAGCCUUGCUGCCUUAGUUUAAAAAAAUAUUAAUGAGUUAACUUUGGGAAUUUUCUGAAGUGCGUGUGCUAGAUUGUGCUAGAAACCGAAUCUGUAUCAUGCCUUACAAAAACGGAGUCUUUAUUUUUAAAGUGUUAUGGGUAGUAGUUGGUUUCUUUUCAGAAAUGGAAGUUGACUGAUAGCAUUGUGGAAUUUAGGACAACUCUUGGCUGUCCUGCACAGCAGCUUGAUAAUUUUAAAAUGGGCAGUAUGGCAGCAAUACCCUGUUUAUCAUCCUGUGUUUCUUUCUGUUUGUUUUAAUGCACAAUGCUUUAAAAAUAUAUUGCGGCUAUGCACAAACUGCUUAGACUGUAUUAGAGCAGUUACUUGUAUAUGGGAAAACUAUGGUCUGUUGAUGUCUAGUAUCUCAAACCUUUUUUCAUACAUAUAUGUUGACAGUACAAACUACAAACCAAUGAUUUCUUUAAGAGGAAAAAAAAGAAGAACAUAAAAUCUGUUCAAGUUACCAGACAGUUUCUUUGUUUAGACUAAGCAUAUUAUUAUCCUCCCCCAUUUUUAAACACACACACUGUCAAUUCACUUUAGGGGUUUUAUUUGGGUUGGAUGCUGGCCUCCUUUUUCUGGAGCUUGAAAAUGGUUGAAGGGCGAGUCAGUCACAAUUUAAUGCAGUUUCUCUUUUUCCUUUCAGAAAGUAUUGGAUUUUUCAACUCAAUUUAGUGAAAGGUUUGGCAUGCUCUGAAUUGUUGGUUGUGUACUUGAGCUCAGAAUUCCAGAAAGUUUAAUGUAUGGUUUAGAAUAGCCUUGCACAACCUGGUUCUCCACCUAAUCUCCAGCAUGGUUUUGGCCCUCAGUGUAUAUGGAGAACAUCUAGUUGGGAUGAGCCGAUACAGAAAUUUCUUGCAAGUUCAUUGUUGCUAGUAAUGGAAACAAGCCCAAACAUUUCAUAGACAAAUGAUACCCUCUCCUUUUUUAAAAAUAAAUAAAUUGUGUCAUGAAUUAGCAUAUUAUACAUGCACAGAAGCCAUGUUAAAUCUCUGUAUUGUUUCAAUUUUAAUACAUGUGAUGUUGAAGCAUGUUUUGGCAAGACAUUUAGUAGAAUUGGAACGAUACAGAGAAAAUUAGCAUGGCCCCUUGUGCAAGGAUAACAUGCCAGUUUUCAUGAACAAAGAGAAUCUUUUCCCUUGACACAAAUUUAGUGCAUUCUUCUUAGCUUCCAAGACCUCACCCAAAUUUACCCAGCCCAAUAAAUAUAAGCAGAUUGGAAUUAAUGCCACACUUCCACCUUUCAUUAACAUACUAGAAGUUUUAUUUCUCAUAGGCUGUGAACUGCCUCAUUAAUAACAUCAUGAUUAUCAGCUUUUACAGUGAUGAUUGCUCUUAAUUUAUUGUGCAAGGAGAUAUUUGCUUCCAUGGUUCCUAGCAUUUGCAAACCUAGUAUUUGCGACAAUAACUUUCAUUAAUAAAGCACUAGUUCCUUGAAUAUGUCACUUUUGGUUUUUAUUAUACAAAAACCACCAUGUUUUAAAAUUACGUUGAAUCACUUAUCCUUUAUCGUGACUUCUGCCUAUGAGCAGAGAGGUCAAAUGAUCCUAGCUAUUAAAAAUGCUAUUUAAUGUAAAAUAUUUCACUUCGUUCUUCAGAUACUAUGUAAAUCUACUAUGUCCUCCUCUUUGUUCUGUACAUUUAAUGUACAUAUUUUUGUCUUGUGUGAUUUGUAUAUUUCAUUGGUUUUUUUAAAGGCUUAUGCCAUAAUGGAAGAUAGACUAUAAAAUAAAAAGUUGGUUAUAUAUUGGGA